GAGUGUUUGCAUUUGGACUUUUUGCCACUGACAUAUUUGUAAACGCUGGCCAGGUUGUGACUGGAAACUUAGCUCCCUACUUCCUGACUGUAUGUAAACCCAACUACACUGGAAACGACUGUCGGGCCCACCACCAGUUCAUAAACAACGGCAAUAUCUGCACUGGGGAUGUGGAGGUGAUUGAAAAGGCAAGGAGAUCCUUUCCAUCCAAACAUGCUGCUUUGAGCAUCUACUCAGCUUUAUAUGCCACGAUGUACAUCACAAGCACAAUUAAAACAAAGAGUAGCAGGCUAGCCAAACCUGUGCUGUGUCUGGGUACCUUGUGUGCUGCAUUCCUUACUGGGCUAAAUCGAGUUUCUGAGUAUCGAAACCACUGUUCGGACGUGAUCGCAGGCUUCAUCUUGGGGAGUGCUGUAGCUUUGUUUCUGGGGAUAUGUGUUGUCCAUAACUUUAAAGGCACUCACGGAGCUCCUUCUAAACCGAAGCCUGAAGACCCACGAGGAAUGCCACUAAUGGCUUUUCCAAGAGUGGAAAGUCCUCUGGAGACAUUGAGUGCACAGAACCACUCUGCCUCUAUGACUGAAGUAACCUGAGAUGGAAGAUUGGCAACCGAAGCUAUUUUUUAUUAUCCUCCAGUACAAUACUCCAAGACACACAGUUACUAAAUGUCUAACUGUGAUGACCAGUAUUAUGUUACGUCUAGUUAGAGGCUAAUGUUUUGUACUUUUUUUGUAUGAGGAAGUGAUGUAGCUUGCCCUAAUUUUUUGUCAGCUUUAAUAUUAUUAUGCCAGAAUUUAAAAUCAAAACAGAAAAAGAACAAAAAAAA